AUGCUACUGCAAGUACUUAAUAGUACGCUAAAUAUCUUACACAGAGUAAGUGUCGUCGCACGACCGUGCACAUUUCACGAGGGCGCUCAUCAGGUAAUGUUCGGUGUUCGGAAUGGAGUUGUACACUUUCGUUUAACUCUUCGUGCAGUACCAUAUAUGGCAUCGGGAUGGACCGGUGUUGGAUUUGGGCAAGGAAUGAUCGAUGGUAUGGACGUGAUCAUUAUUCGCGUGCAGAAUGGACGUGUGAACGUUACAGAUGAAUAUGUGCGUGGCUACACCACCUCGUUUCCAGAUCAAAUCAACAACGUCAUAGUGCAUAGCAGUCAAGUGGACAACGGCAUUAUAUCUGUGACGUUCUCUAGACCAGUUAAUGCUAUGGAGUACGUAUACGAUAGUUCUUUGUUAGGAUGCAAGCCGUGGAAGUUCGUAAUUGGCCUGAAUCGUAUGAAUCCGAACGGUGAAUUAUAUCAUCAUUUAACGACGCCCGUUCAUCGAACCAUCUGCAUAGACGACUGCCGACUGUAG